AUGUUCUUCGCUCUACAGCUUGUGGCCUUGUUGAUAGGAGGGACGCUGCUCGAAUCCGAUCAUGCAGCAGCGGAGGAACACAAUCAAUUGAUAAAUAGUUCCUUGGGUCUUUUAAAGACGCCAGAGAAUGCGGUGUCGUCUCUGCCGAAGCCACCAGCUAUUUCAAACAAUACCGGUAGCAUCCAAGAUGCGGCUUCCUCCAGUAGAGAUGAGAUUGUCCCCUUGCAGCCGACUGCUUUCUUCCACCAGAUGAACGCCAAAGCGACUAGGGAUCUAGGGAAAAAGCCCCUCUUCAGAAAGGUAGAGGAACCCGUUCAUCUGGUUCCCAUAUAUUCGUCCUUGCUGGGUGACAAGUACAUAUCGCCUUUCGAACCGCCAAUUCCGGUUCAUCUUCCCUUCUCAGGCAUCGUUGUGCCAGGUAUCGCACAUCUUACUCCUAAAGGGACGCGCCCCGCGUCUGUGUAUCCGGCAUCUAAAUCCGGUCCUCCGCUCAAUGGACGGCGUCUAGAAGUCAAGAACCGAUUAAAAAGGAAGGGUGCAUGGGACAAAGACAUUACACCAGGAGCACACCAAAUAUACACGAGCAAAUACUACGAUUUUGAAGCGGGAGAAUAUCGACCAAGUCCUCGGAUGGCUCAUGCCAGGAGACUAAGCGAGAGCGAGCCGCUCGCCAGCCCACAAACCACUGUGCCUACAAGAAUACUUAUCAAGGACAGAUACACUGCUAACAUCAAUCCCUGGUCCGUUCGAGCAAGAGCACAGCCGCCGAUGAUAUUCUACUACCCUCAGACUGCAACGCAUAUCGUGGAGGAGCUCGAGGAGGAUCAAGGCAUCGAACGAAUUUACGCGAAGGACUUGCCUGCAGUACCGCCUCCGCCUCCUUGCGUCGGCCUCGGGUGCUACCGGCGUCUUGGUCUGAAGAAGAAGCCGACUCUGUUUGCCCCACCUGAUCCUGUAGUCGUUGUAGAAGUGACCGAAGAGAAAAAGAAGGCAGAACCGAAGGAAAAGAAAGUCAAAAUAUCCGCACCGCCAGAGAUUCGAUAUAUUCCUCUCUCGAAGGAAUACAUACCGCUCCUAGCCUGGCCAGUGACUCAUCCACACCCGGCUGGCUCAAAGCAUGGCGCGCAUGGAUUGGGAGGAAUAUCCUCUCAUCCUCCGCAGAUGGUGGGUCACGGUGACUAUUUUUACGCGCAGCAUCAUACUGGGUUUGGUGGCGGAUAUACCGAAGAGCCAUUUAAUGCAUCGCAUGUGGCGGGUACGGGGACACCCAUGUCAGCGGCACGUGAGUCUCCAGCUACCACGGAGUAUGCACAGUCCUUGGGUAGUAGCCGGUCGCAAUCAGAAGCAUCUAUUCCCAGUCACAUUGAUCAAGAGGCGUAUGCAGUGCCCGACAGCAUGGGUUCAAGUAUGAUUCUUCCUUACACGGCAGCCGGUGAGGGAGCCACACUUUAG